AUGGCCACGAUGACCGUAAUCCUCAAUCGUUGUCUGCAUUCAUCAACAAGUUGGCGUAUAAUAGCUGUUGUUAUGACUGCUACAAUCAUUUUGGUACGAAGAUGUGAUUGCAAUAACAGUUAUUACGCAUCCGAUAAUAAAAUCGUACGAGAUAAUUAUAUGACAUUGGCUGCACAUUUCACCGCGGAUCAUCUGCAUAAAGCGUUACGAACACAAGUGAAUGAGCUGCUUGGUGUUCCAGUAAUGCAGUCGAUCAUCGAUGGACUAUGUUUCAAGAAGCGUUCAUUGAAUGCAUCGUUCAUCAAUGAGAUAACGAAUCGUUUGGACACAGCGUUCAUCAAGUACGUAACUUUACUGAAUAAAACACAUUCGUUUUUGAUGAGCAAUCAUCGACGCGAAUCAGCCAACUUCAGAGCGUAUCGAUCGAUGAUCGAAUGCUCGAGAAUUAGUCCGACACUUCUGUGUUAUGAGGAACAGUUUGGAACACGUGUGAAUUUAUCGAAUGCGUGCAGCGUUGUGAAUCGUCGUGCACAAAAUGUACUCUACUAUCCAGACAAAAAUCUCAUUAAUGUGUUACAAUCGAAUGCUCGUGAUGUUGGCAUUCGAUGGCAGUACGCGAUCGGUGUUCAAGGGACACAUGUCGAAUAUCCAGCACAUAUCUUUCCGGUUCAGAAACGCAGACAUUGGACUCCGUAUUUAUCCGCUGCAUUACCCUACCGAAAACGAGUGCUUAUUUUACUGGAUUUGGGCACGAUCAAAAAUGAAAUUCAAUUAACUCAUUUGAAAAAUGUCGCUAAAAUAUUACUCGAUGCAGCUACACCGAAUGAUCGAUAUAUGGUGAUGGUAGCGAAAGGUUCGAACGUCAGUCAAGUUUGUUGGCAUAAAAAUUUUGUUGAGUCUUCACAAGAUCAACUGGCAAUGUUGAUCGCAUUCGUGGAUGGUUUAGAGUUGAGCAAAGACAAGGGUUACUCGCAUACACGUGCGCUACAAAGCGCUUAUAAUCAUUUCGUUAAGGUGGAAGAGGAAGCACGUACAGUAUCAUCAUCAUCAUCAUCUUCAUCCUCCUCAUCGUCUGGACAUAAAAUUAGUGAUGUAACGGCAAGGAACAGUGAAAAUAAUAUUGUUUAUCAUAAUAUAUUGCAUUACGUGAGUCGUGGUGUUAUGUCAGAACUGAGCGAAGCUGCAUCCGUGUUGAACGCAUUAGCUGAGAUCAUUCUGCAAACGAAUAUUCGAGUUAAACUCAAUACACUUGCACUUGUUGAGCGUGAACGAGUGCCAAUGUUAUGGUCAACAGAAUUUUUGAAAAAUAUUGCUGAGCAAAAUUUCUCGAAAUAUCGUCAAUCGUUCAGUGAAAAAAUCAAAAUGGCUCUUGGUACAACCAGGUUGUCUGCGCCAAAAGGGAAGGUGAGUGAACAGAGUAAUGACAAUGAUAUCGCAUUUCAGAUGUUAUUGAUAAAUGAGAGUGAAUAUUCAUUGUUGACAUUAACGCAGAUCUAUGAUUUAUUAUUGUUCGAUGAAUAUCGGUUAGAAAACAGGUCGUCGAAUCACGGUGGUGAUGAUGGCAAUAAUAUCAAUAAUAAUAGUAAAAUAUUCUGGUCGAAUCCGUUUCGAGAAUCCCAAUCAACACUUAUUUCAAUAUCGAAGCCUGUUCUGAAGAACGAGCAUUUGAUUUCUGUUGUUGGCAUCGAUUUGAACUUGGAAGUUAUCACCGAUAUCGUUAAGUAUACAGAUUUUGUCUUGAUGGCACCAUCGCACACGCGUUUACGUUUACUGAUCUGUGAUUUGCGAGGACGUGUAAUUGUUGACUCAAAACUGCGCAAUACACAACCGUGGCCGUUGCACAUUGCCGAUUUGGAAGGUUGGUCAUCGGCUGAUCGGUGGAUGAGUGGAUUCUUUGAAUCUUCCGAACUGGAUGAGGGAACUUUCGAUUUGGAGCAACGACAGCAACAACAAUCGAAUACGACCACAAUAAAGCUAAAAUAUAGUUGGAAAAGAUUGAAAAAUGCGCCGUUGAUAGUGGUUUUGGUGUUACGAGAGGCAAACAGCGAAGCGAAGAUAGCAGUGCUUGAGAAGAACGCUCGACAGCAUUAUGCUCUUGAUAAUCUGGUUUAUCAUCGCUUGGAUGUUCAGCGUGAUUCAUUUCUUCCGUACUGCUCGCAUUUGGGCUCAUUGUCAAGCAUGAAACUGGGUGGAGUGUAUUUGAGUCCAAGUGAUCCAUUCGGGUUAAUACGUAAUACGGGAAUUCGAUCUGGUGUACGUGAACAUGUAGGCGCAUUAUCAGGCAUUAUCACUUAUUGGCGUGAUAAGGCCGCACCACUCUCGAACGAAUACGUUAUCAGACGUUAUAUUGCAACGUCUCGAGGCGUUAUGAUCACAUAUCCGGCGACAGUUAUCCGCGAUAAUUACGAUCCUGAUCUAAACCCAUGGUACACACGAGCACUAAAAUAUCCUGGUCGAAUUGUUUUAACAGGACCGAUUUUGGAUGAUGAUGUUGGUCAAGUGAUCACCAUUUCAACAGCUAUCUUUGAAGGUCAAGCUGGUAGUAUGCAUAACUCGAAAGAGGAUCAAGUUUUUGCGGUUAUUGCAAUGGAUGUGACGAUUGGUUUCAUGGCAAAACUGAUACGAAACACUUUACCGGUCUGUCAAGAGUCGCGGCGAUGCGUUGUAUUCGACGAUUUGGGAUAUGUUCUAACGCGAGGUACAGAAACAGGUUUAUCACAAAACGGUAAUAAGAAAGGUUCAGCAAAAGAACGUGCUAGUGAUGAUGUGGAUAAGAACAGAGAUAAUCUGCCAUCUUCAUCUGCAUCGAACCUAGAAGAUGGUGUUGAGUUACGAAUCGCACCUGAUAUCUCGCCUGUUGGAUCUGCUGGAGAAACCAUGCAAACAACAACAUCAACACGUAGCGGAUUCGUAUCUGCAUCAUCGGAUGGUGGUUCCAGUCGUUCAGGCUCUGACUCCUCAAGUUCAGCAUCGAGCUCGUCAUCUUCCUCGUCAACAAUAACAGCGUCGUCAAUGCUGAAUUCAGAUGCUGUUGAACGAUUCCAUAUGAGUCAUUUAGAACCACAACUCGUCACUCAUCUUAUUCAAAAUCAACAGUUCGUCACAAAACUGCAGUGCGCACAUUGGCAAACAAAAACAAUGCAGCGUUUCUUUCAGUUCAAUGUCUCGUAUGCAGAUGCUUUAACGGUGUUAUGUGAUGAAAAUGGAUAUUCAACAACAUCAUCAUCAUCCUCACCACGGCAAUUCCAAUCGAAAUUUGCUUUAUCGUCAGCGUCAUCAUUAAGUUCGUCUCCUUUGAAUAAGCCAAAAAGUUUACGAGCUGAAUUGAUCCCGAUUCCGCAGUCGAAUAUAUUCUUAGCAUUAAUCAACGAAUCAUGCACACCAGUGCAUCCAAUUCAGGCAUUCUGUCCUUGUUCAGUGAGUGAUCGUCGUUGUUUAUUGUGUUCAAGAUUCGAUGAUACAGAAUGCGAAUGUCCAUGCCAGUGUCCGUUGGAGAUUGAUAAGCAGUGCGCUACACCUGAUUAUUUCUCGAAUUCAUCUUACUUAUUGAACUCGCAGCACCACAAACUGGUUAUUUAUUCAUUUUCACGUCAUUUCUUCAUCACUUUUUUACAUCUUCAUCAACAACAACAACAAAAUUCGAUCGUUUCAUCCUUACCCGCCAUCGAACAGUGUGCUGACUUAGCCAAAAUGGUGCCAUUCACCGUAAGACUUUCACAAAAAUCGACGCUACCAAAAUGCGUCGAUAUUAGAUGUGAAGAAAUGAGUAGUAUCGAAAAGUGUUUGGGUGUGAUUGGUUGUCAGUGGUGUACUCUUAAUGAGGAUGCUAAGAGCUUGUUACCUAAUGCAUUUUGUAGUGCUAUUGAUCAGUGCUAUAACGGUAUAAAAGGCCGUCACAUAAAAGGCUCUUUGGAUAGCUCAUCGCAACUCGCAGCACAGUGGUCGGUGGCUACACCAGUCGGUCCAGUUGCUGCCGGUAUCAUGAGUGUUUUCUUAAUAAUGGUGAUCGCCGUGUAUUGCUAUCGUAGUCAGGUGAGCCGACUGGUUGAAACUCGUUCACUGACCGACUCGUUCGACGCACCACUAUGUGCGCAAUCGGCUGAUGAUGAAGAUUUUCAGUUCGAUCACGAUGGGUCGGCCACAUCUUCGGAUGCAUUAUUUAUUCGUUUUUGUUUAAAUCUACUCUUAUCAGUCACUAAUUUAGAUAAAAUGAUGACAUUGAUACAGUUGGCAUCUUUUGAACGUACUUCAAACCCACCAGCAAGUGUGAGACCACAAUAUCGAAUAUCACCACGAACUGAAUCAAGCGAUCAUGGCUAUUCAACGAUGACCGAUCGUAUGGCUGGUGAAGAGAGUGAAUGUGCCACUAGCAGCGUGAAUGUCUCACGACAGAGUGGCCGUACGAUGUUAACGACGAUUUAUGCGAACAACGACGACUGUUGUUCGAGUGUGAUAACAACCGAAGCGGACGUGCAUCAAAUUCCAAUUGGCUUGUUGAUGAGUAGCACCUAG